GUGGCGCACCGGACAGUGGCAGCAGCGGUAGGCUGGGCACAAGGGUUAAAGAGUGUGAAGCAGUGGGAGAUCCAGCCUCCCCCACGGAUCCACCAUUGGGUGCGAGAGCGGAGAGAGACAGGAGUCCCCAGCAAAUCAGGAGCUAAUUGAUUAAAGAGCCUCAUUAGAAUACGGGUCUGGCCGCGUGCCAAUCGCCUUCCAGAGACCCCCCUCCCACCAUCUAUGAUUAAUAGAGAAGCCUAUUGAUAAUCAUAAUUACAGCGGGACACAUGCGCGGCGGAUGGACUCCAUUUCCGUGAUUCCCACACGGUUUCUGGUGAUAUUAUUUUUUUUUUUUUCUCUAAAUUCUGUCCCGGCUGAUGAGUGAACCAGCAUGUCGCGGAGGAAGCAGGCGAAGCCCCAGCACUUCCAGUCGGACCCCGGAGUGGCCUCGUCCGGGAGCGCCGGAGAUGCUGAACCCUGCUUAGAAAAUCCUGUUAGUAAGGACUCUGAUGCCCACAUUUGUAGCUGCUGUUGUGCAGAGUUCUUUGAACUAUCAGAUCUGAAACGGCACCAGAAGAGUUGCACUAAGAAUCAAUUGGUUUUAAUAGUGGACGAGAACCCAGCAUCUCCUGAAGCGUUCUCACCAAACUCGCCAUCCACUAAUCCAGAUGAGCACAUGAUUGACGUGGCUAAUAACGGAGAUCAAGCUGAGUGUGGCGACCCUUUGGAGCAUGAUGUGCUUGCCAAAGAGGAGUCGAUGGAUGUGGAUCCUUCCAGUAUGCACAGCAAUCAUGGCAGUGCUGGAGAUCACAGCAGCAGUGAUGGGAGUAGCUGCUCCAUCAGUGACAACAGUGGGGUCAGCGACCUUGCAGGCCACAUUGCUGGCACCCCAGCUGCACCCACACCUCUUCUUCAGUUAGGCAGCAUGGCUGAAAUGAGUAACUUCUCAGUGAUCAACAGCAACGUUAUCAUUGAAAACCUGCAGAGCACAAAGGUGGCAGUGGCCCAGUUCUCCCAAGAGACCCGCUCCCGCAGCAGCCCCAAGGUAGCCGUGCCAGCCCUGAUGGAGCAGCUCCUGGCGUUGCAGCAGCAGCAGAUCCACCAGCUGCAAUUAAUUGAGCAAAUCCGCCACCAGAUUUUACUGCUGGCCUCACGUACACCCGAGACACCUAUACCCCCUGCCUCGUCGCAGGAUGCAACACGGACACCUGCUAACCCGCUCACUGCCCUCAGCUCUCAUCUCUCACAGCAGUUGGCUGCCGCUGCAGGGUUAGCUCAGAGCUUGGCCAGCCAGUCUGCUAGUAUUGGCAGUUUGAAACAAAUGGCUGCAGCAGCAGCAGCACAGCUACCUGAAAGCAACCUUGGUAACAGUAGCGUGCCCCCUGGCAGCAACUCAUCCCCGGGCACCGGUAUGCUGGCAGCAUCACCUCUGAGCACACAUCCACCUGACAAACAGCCCACACACCCGCAGCUCAACACCCCGUUGUUAGCAAAUGCAUCCACCCGAGCCUUUGGCAUAGGUAGCUUGUUGAACUCUGCGGCAAACCCACUUCUACCUCAGCCGCCUCCUGGUAACCCUUUGUUCCCCAGCUCUCUAGCCAGCGUUGGCACAGCAGUAGAAGACCUGAAUUCUUUGGCUGCUAUAGCUCAGCAGAGGAAAAGCAAGCCCUCCAGCAGUACUACUUUUGAGGCCAAAGGCAACUCGGAGGAGGCCUUCUUCAAACACAAGUGCAGGUUUUGUGCCAAGGUGUUUGGGAGUGACAGUGCCUUGCAGAUCCACCUGCGGUCUCACACCGGAGAGAGGCCGUACAAAUGCAACAUCUGUGGGAAUCGUUUCUCCACACGCGGGAACUUGAAAGUUCACUUCCAGAGGCAUAAAGAAAAGUAUCCCCACAUCCAAAUGAAUCCCUACCCGGUUCCCGAGCAUUUAGAUAAUAUUCCAACAAGUUCUGGCAUCCCUUAUGGCAUGUCCAUGCCCCCAGAGAAACCAGUCACUAGUUGGCUAGACAGUAAACCUGUUCUCUCCACUUUGACUACUUCGGUAGGGCUGUUGCUCCCACCAACAAUCCCAUGCUUGCCACCUUACAUCAAAAAGGAAGAGAAUCACUCUAUCGCUAUAACCAGGCCUUCCAGUCCUGUUAAAAGUGACUCAGGAGCCACUGAGGAAACGGUAAAAGUUAAUGACAGCGUAUUGGAAGAAGGCGGUGGUGGCACUUCGCCUACCUCAAAUGAUAAAACUAAAGAGAACAACCAGACUUUCAGCUUCUUUACAGGUUUAAGUUGUGCUGCUGAGAGUGCUGUAGAGUGUGCGUCUUCUAAUAGUCCCCCCGUUACCACCAAUCCACUAUUGCCUCUCAUGUCAGAACAGUUUAAGGCUAAAUUUCCCUUUGGAUGCCUCCUUGACCCAAUGCAAGCAUCUGAAACCUCCAAGCUCCAACAGCUGGUUGAGAACAUUGACAAAAAGGUGACGGACCCAAAUGAGUGUGUGAUCUGCCACCGGGUGCUCAGUUGUCAGAGUGCCCUGAAGAUGCACUAUCGCACACACACAGGAGAGAGGCCCUUUAAGUGCAAGGUGUGUGGCCGAGCGUUCACCACCAAGGGCAACCUGAAAACACACUACAGUGUCCAUCGUGCCAUGCCUCCGCUGAGGGUCCAGCAUUCAUGUCCCAUCUGUCAGAAGAAGUUCACUAACGCUGUUGUCUUGCAGCAACACAUUCGUAUGCACAUGGGAGGGCAGAUUCCCAACACGCCUCUGCCAGACAAUUACGCUGAAUCCAUGGAGUCUGAUACUGGGUCAUUUGAGGAGAAAAAUUUAGAUGACAUAGAAAACCUCUCCGACGAGAACAUGGAGGACGGCCCCGAUAAUGGAAUCCCUGAUACACCCAAAUCUACUGAUGCCUCCCAGGAGAGCUUGUGUUCCUCACCCGUACCACCAGAGAUAAAGGGAAGGCCAAGCAGUCCGGAGAACCAGAAAAGAAAAUUCAAUCAGUGUUUCAGUGAGGAGUUUCCGGCCAGUAAGUUAAAAUCACUGGAGAGUGGCUCAAUGGAGGGUGACUGCCGCACCAAUGACUCGUCAUCCAUCGGAGAGGACAUCGAGAGCCAAAGCACAGGGAGUCCAGCUAUCUCUGAAUCUACCUCUUCUAUGCAGGCACCCUCUCCUACAAGUGGAGCUCCCAUGCCCCACACAUCCCCCAGCUUUGAGGAAAAGCAGCACAGAGCCGUAUUGUUGGAAAACCCCACUUCAGGUCUCAUGCAGGUUUCCAAUGUUGGAGCGCUGGACCUGACAUUUUGCAACCCACCAAAAGAUCCUCUGAGUAUGCUCUUCCCCUUCCGUGAGCGGGGCACCCUCAAGAACACAGUGUGUGACAUCUGUGGCAAGACAUUUGCUUGUCAGAGUGCCUUGGACAUCCAUUACAGAAGCCAUACCAAAGAGAGACCAUUUAUUUGCACAGCCUGUAACCGUGGCUUCUCCACCAAGGGGAACCUCAAGCAGCAUAUGCUCACCCACCAGAUGCGAGAUCUGCCAUCCCAGCUCUUUGAGCCAUCCAAUCCCAGCCUCACACCCAGCCCCAGCCCAUCCAUUCUUCCCGUUAGCUCACUGUCAUCCAUGAUCAAGACCGAGAUCAACGGCCACCUGCAAGGCUCAUACCAGGAUAGCAAAGAUCCCACAGGUGGCCUCAUGAACUCCUCGGCUGCCACGUCUCCCGUCUUGCCCUCUGCUCCACCUCGUAGAACACCCAAGCAGCACUACUGCAACACCUGUGGGAAGAUGUUCUCCUCCUCCAGUGCCUUGCAGAUCCAUGAGCGAACACACACUGGAGAGAAGCCCUUUGCUUGUACCAUUUGUGGCAGGGCCUUCACUACUAAAGGCAAUCUCAAGGUCCAUAUGGGAACACACAUGUGGAACAGUGCACCUGCCAGGCGUGGUCGAAGGCUCUCUGUGGACGGCCCUAUGGCCUUCCUGGGGACCAACCCUAUCAAAUUUCCUGAGAUUUUCCAAAAGGACAUUGCAACUCGGGCUGGCAACGGGGACCCAGGAGGCUUCUGGAAUCAAUACACAGCAGUAUUCUCCAAUGGCUUGGCCAUGAAAACCAACGAGAUCUCCGUCAUCCAAAAUGGGGGCCUCGCACCCCUGUCCAGCAGCAUUGGAAACGGGGGCAACUCGCCCAUUGUAGGCUUGACGGGAAACCUGGAGAAGUUGCACGGCAUGGAGCCUAACGCUGCUCUCGCUGGGCUAGAGAAGAUGACAAAUGCAGAGAACACGGGCCACUUUCGAUUCUCGAGGUUCAUGGAGGACAAUAAAGAGAUUGUCACUAACUAGAACUGCUCUGAACAACAGGCCCCAGACAAAUAUAUGAACACCU